AUGGAAAAGUCAGAUGAGAAACAAUUAAAGGAAUGGGAGAAGGACUAUUCAAAUGUUGACAAGACAAAGAAGAUGGUCAAGACACUGAAGGAGACACAAGGCAUUGGUGAAGACAACCUCAAUAAGCUAAAUGAACAAUCAGAGCAACUGAAUCGAAUCAACAAGUUGACUGAAGAACAAGAAGAGCUGUCAAAGGAGAUGAGCAAGUUUAAGAAGUUCCAGAAGUACUUGGGCUUCAUUGGUGGAGCAUCACCAACAAAGAAGGAGAGAGACCCAAAGGUUGAAGAGAUAAAGUCAAGAUAUAAUAAGGAUGAGAAUAAGUUGAACAAUCAACAACAACAUCCAAUAGGAGCCACAAGUCAACCUGGUGAUGAUGGCGCAGUAUGGAAGAAUGAAGCCGACAUCAAGGAUAAUAUAUAUAUACAGAAUGCUCAAUGGAUAAAGGAGGAGGACAAGAAUCUGGACGAUAUGAAUGUGCUGCUAGGUGAUUUGAAGAAUAUUGCCAUUGCUACAAAGAAUGAAGUCGGUCGUCAAGGCACCAAGAUGGAUGCCAUCAAUGACUCGAUGGUCCGAGGCAAUGAUUUUAACCUCAAGAAGGAUUCAACGCCCGACAGUCGACUGAAGAAGGAGAAGGAUAAGAAGGAGAAGGAACAAAAGUCAAACAGCAAGGCACUUCGAAGUUAA